UCAGGGGGAAAUUCCACCGUUCUACGCAAGCAGCUGCCCGGAGCCGUGCACCCUAUAAAUUGGGCAGUUGCUGAAUGUCUCAGCAUCACAGAGAAAAGAGACCUCCAAGCUCCACUUGCACUCUCCAGCUCCUGCCACCACUCCCAUCUGACAUGAAGGUCUCUGUGGCUGCCCUCGCUGUCCUCCUCAUCGCCAUCUGCUACCAGACCUCUGCUGCACCAGUGGGUUCCGACCCGCCGACCUCCUGCUGCUUCACCUAUGUCUCCCGGCAGAUGCCCUUCAACUUUGUGGCAGACUACUACGAGACCAACAGCCAGUGCCCUCUUGCUGGUGUUGUGUUCAUCACCAAGAAGGGCCGUGAGGUCUGUGCCAACCCUGAGAACGGCUGGGUGCAGGAAUACAUGAACAAGCUGGAACUGAACUGAUGCACCAGGAUGGGAUAAGCAAGCUAUGGCCAGUUGCAGGCCCUGCCAGAAACGCAACUGUGACAUUGAGAGCUACCCAAGAGACUGAAAUCUGCUUUACUAUUUAUGUAUUAAUUGUUUAUAAUGGAAAGGAGCAGGUGAAAUAACACCACUCCAACCAAAUUGGAAGAUUAUUUAAUAGAUAUAUAUUUUUAAAUUAAGAGUCAUGCUUGGAUUAUAUUUUCUAUAUU